UGAAUUGUCAUAUAGUGAACGUAAACUCCUCAAGAUUCAAGCAGCGACUCAGCAGGAUGGCGGCUCAUAAUGGCGGUAACUUGUAAUUUCCGUGCCAACAAAAGACCAGAAUCAACGUGUGCCAAGUAGCAAAAUGUUCCUUUUACUGAUUUCCUGUUUCCAGAGGGCCAUUCAUCCUGAUUUGGAAAAUGCAUCUCUCAUACCAAAAUUGAAUCCCAAACCCCAAUAAUACUCAAUCCAAAGAAGAGUUAGGUAUUCAUAGCAGAUCGGCGAGCGGUCGUUAACUCGUGACUGAGGAUCAGAAGACGAUGGAGCAAGACCCAAAAAGCUACGCAACCCCUCUGCUGGAAUCGCCUCUUUCUGGAACAACUUCAAAGCUUCAAACCCUAGGAAAUAUCAUAGUCUCUAUAGUUGGUACCGGUGUAUUGGGAUUGCCUUUUGCUUUUCGGAUCGCUGGUUGGCUUGCUGGUUCACUGGGAGUUUCUAUCGUUGGCAUGACCACCUACUAUUGCAUGCUCCUUCUUGUUUUGUGCAGAGAGAAGUUGGCAGCAGAUGGAUCAUCAGUCGAAGCAAAAACGUAUGGGGAUCUGGGUUAUAAGAGCUUUGGAUCCAUUGGUCGUUAUCUGUCAGAAUUUCUUAUCUUGGUAGCACAGAGUGGAGGUUCCGUUGCAUAUUUGGUAUUCAUUGGCCAAAACCUCCAAUCUAUUUUCCUAAACCACGGUCUCGCAUUCACAUCCUAUAUAUUUUUGUUAGUGCCAGUUGAAAUUGGAUUAUCAUGGAUAGGGAGCUUAUCUGCUUUAGCACCAUUUAGCAUUUUUGCUGAUAUUUGCAAUGUCCUAGCGAUGGGAAUUGUGGCGAAGGAAGACAUACAGCAAGCAUUAAGGGGUGAAUUCUCAUUUGAACAGAGAACCGCAAUCACAUCCAAUUUAGGUGGACUGCCUUUUGCAGGAGGCAUGGCAGUCUUUUGUUUUGAAGGGUUUGGGAUGACAUUGGCCUUGGAGAAUUCGAUGCAGGACAGAGCUAAGUUCCCAAGAUUGCUGGCUCAGACCUUUGGUGGGAUAACACUUGUGUACAUUCUUUUUGGGUUUUUUGGUUACAUGGCUUAUGGUGAUGAAACUAGAGAUAUUGUGACCCUCAAUCUUCCCAGGAAUUGGUCAUCUAGGGUAGUACAGAUAGGAUUAUGCUUGGGGCUGGUGUUCACAUUCCCAAUCAUGGUUCACCCUAUUAAUGAAAUUGUGGAGGGAAAGCUGAAAAGGCUCAAAUGGUUUUACAGGCCUUGCCACUGGGACAAUAAUGAUUCAACAACCAGAUUAGGAAAGACUUGGAUCUAUAUGAGUCGAGCAAUUGUGGUGGUUGUGCUGGCAAUCUUGGCCUCAUGCGUGCCAGCUUUUGGCGUAUUUGCCUCGUUUGUGGGGAGUACUGUGUGUGCAUUGAUCUCAUUUGUUUUGCCAGCCACAUUUCACCUAAAGCUAUUUGGUUCUUCUCUACAUCUUUGGCAGAAAGCCUUGGAUUUUAUUGUACUGUUCUGUGGUUUAUUUUUUGCUGUUUAUGGCACAUACAAUACCAUAGUUGGAGUUUAAAUGCUUCUGAACCUGCAUCCUACUUAGUAAAAGCCUUUCUAGAAAACAACUCGGUAUUUUUCAUGUAAUACAACAAAUGUUUACUGUGAAUAUAUCAUGCAGACUGCACAAGA